GUCCUCUGGGCAUACUCCAUCUCCGACCUCCAACUUCAAUCGCAAGGAAAAGUUCGCGAAAACCCGCAGUGGUUCAAACUAGAGCAGGAUGUGAACACUUUCAACGAUCCGGACUUGCACGGAAUGGAGCAAGUGGCAGCUCUGGGAAUCACAAAAGCUCGAGAUCUUGCUCGCCUGUUCUCACUUAUGCUUAGUGGGGAGUUGUUCAGCAAGGAGCUCGUCCAGCAGUUCAAGAACCCUCAAAUCGCCUCCGGCUUGGACGAGAUUGUGAUGACACCACUGCCAAAAGGCUACGGUUUCCUGUACGAGCGACAUCCAACAACUGGGAAACGAUGGCUCGUUGGGCAUCCAGGAUUCGGAGGAAGUACAGUGAUGAUGGAUGUCGAUGAAGAG